AGUCACUUUGCGCACAUCGUUCGGUGCGGAUCGCAGUCGCAUUUAUCUCGUGGAUUGCCUGUUGGAAGGUGAAAGUGAAACCAUGUCGGCAUCGGAAGCAAAUUCGGAACUGGAAGCCAGCACUAUACCAGCGCCCAAGUGCUCCAAUGUGAACAACAACAAUAGUGCCCGCUCCAGUCGGGUGGGUAGCGCCGUUUCCGGUGCUGGCCAGGAUAUGGAUGACCUGGCGGAGCAGCGGUUCGGCUGGUGCGGCUGGCAUCCGCAGUGGCUCCAGCGCUUCUGCACCGCCAAGUGGGCGCUCUUCUGGCUAUGCUGGGGCGGAGCUCUUCAAGGAUUGCUUGUGAACGGAUUGAUAAACGUAUCCAUCUCCACGAUUGAACGGAGGUUUGGACUGCGCUCCCGGCAGAUGGGUUUGGUGGCCAGUGGCUACGACCUGGCCUCCUUUGCCUGCCUGGUACCGGUAACCUACUACGGAGGCCGUCGAGGAGCUUCCAAGCCGCGUUUCAUUGCCAUCGGCCUGAUCGUGAUGGGCCUGGGAUCGCUGGUCUUCCUGCUGCCCAACUUCCUGGUGGGCCAGUACCGGGCCACUAUUGCCGAGGCGAAUGUCUGCGAGACGGAAAGCAUCUUGAACUCCAGCCAUACAGUGGGUUCCUGCAAAGCAGCCUCCACCAGUAGAGCGGGGGAGAGUGAGAGCCUGACCUGGACGGUGUGGCUGUUCUUUGGAGCCCAACUGCUUCAUGGAGCCGGUGCAUCGCCCCUCUUCACACUGGGAGUCACUUAUAUCGACGAGAAUGUCUCGAAGAAGAUGUCAUCUGUUUACUUGGGAAUCUACUAUACAAUGGCCACGAUUGGUCCCGCCAUUGGCUAUGUCCUUGGCGGACAAUUGCUCCUGAUCUAUACGGAUUGGAUGACCGUGGACCCCGUCCAACUGAGCUUAACCAGCGAUAGCAAGGUGUGGAUUGGAGCCUGGUGGAUGGGAUUCAUUUUUGCAGCAGUCAUGUGUUUUCUCAUCGCCUUUCCCGUUUUUGGAUAUCCGAAAUCCUUGCCUGGGGCAGACAAGCUCCAGCUGGAAAGAGUUUCUGAGGCACAUGCCACCAAACCAGUUGAUGUCGGAUCGGAGUCGGAUGAAUCGGGUCAACUGACCAAGAAAUUGGGCAACCUACCUAGAGCAGUCAUUAGUCUGCUCGGAAAUCCGACAUUCUUCUUCCUAAAUCUGGCGGGGGCCACCGAGGGUCUGGUCAUUGCAGGUUUCGCUGCUUUCCUGCCCAAGCAGAUCGAGAAUCAAUUCAGCAUCUCCCCUAUGCUCUCCGCCCUGGUCAUGGGUCUGAUAACAGUGCCCGCCGGUGGCGGCGGAACUUUCCUCGGAGGCUAUCUGGUUAAGAAGUGGAAUCUAGCCUGCAGCGGCAUCAUUAAGAUGUGCUUGACGGUCACCACAGUGGCUGCAUUCUUCACCUUCUGCUUCAUUGUGUCCUGUCCAAAUCCUAAGUUCGCUGGCGUGACCACAGACUACAAUUUGGACCCCAGAACCGGGCCAAUAGCCUUGGAUGCAAGUUGUAACAUAAACUGCGGGUGCAGUCGCUCGAACUACGAUCCCAUCUGUGGCAUCAACGGAGUCAUGUACUACAGUCCUUGCUACGCGGGCUGUGGCCAGGAGGAGCAUGUGGAUAGUCUGAAGCACUACAACAACUGCAGCUGCAUUGGUGGCAACGUUGGUUGGGUGGAUGACGGAGCUGCUUCUUCAGUCCUUGGCCCGGACGCCACCAACCUGAAGUGUGACUCCACUUGCCAGAGCUUGCCGGUCUUUGUGGCUCUGUGCUUCAUCCUGAUGGUAUUCACUUUUUUGGCCACAAUGCCAGCUCUGUCAGCCACAUUGAGGUGUGUCCAGGACGAACAACGCUCCUUUGCUUUGGGUCUUCAAUGGAUAAAAGUGCGAUUAUUGGGCACCAUUCCAGCUCCUCUGAUUUUUGGAGCCCUGAUUGAUGAAUCCUGUAUUUUAUGGCAAGAGAAAUGUGAUGAAGAUGCCGGUGGAGCUUGUCUUUUCUAUGAUAACUACUACAUCAGCCGAUACAUGUGGCUCUUGGCUCUGAUCUGCAAACUGGGUUCGGUGGUCUUCUUUCUGGGUGCCUGGUGGUUCUAUGUACCGCCCAGAAAGCCCUCAAAUUCCAACAACAAGUCGGAGGUGAUCUAAUGAAGC